AUGAACUUCGAAGAACAUCAUCAUCACCAUACCAAGAAAAAGAGGGUUGGUAAAGCUUGUGAUUCGUGUCGAAUUAAAAAAACCAAAUGUAAUGGUAAUAAACCAUGCUCCCGUUGUAUAUCAGAUAAUAAGAUCUGUGUCUUCACUGAAAAACGUAAGAAUAAAGAAAAACCCCAUCCACCAGGAUACGUUGAGUUAUUAGAAACCCGAUUAAAUUUAUUAACCAAAUCUUUGGAAAAAUUAAUUUGGUUACUGAAGGAUAAUUUGCCAUUUAUUAAUGAUAUAGUAUUACAAUAUCAACAACAAAAUCAACAAUUAUAUAACCAGAGUGAUUCCGAUAGUUCUAUAUCAUCCCCCAAUGAUGAAACGAAUCAAGAAUCGAUUCCAAUUAAUGAAGUUAUUAGUUAUUUGAUAAAUGAAGAAAAUUUAUUGAAAAAUUUACCAGUUGAAUGGGAAAAUGGAGCUAUCAUUGCUAGUAAAUUAAGUAUGGAUAAUCAAAAGAAUAUAAAUUAUUCAACAAGACAAUUCGCUAAUCAUAAACAAAACUUGGCCGAAGAAAGUUUAACUAGUCCACCAACAUCAACCAAUUCAAUAAAUAAUGAUUCAUUAUCAGAUGAUUUAGAAGUUAAAAAAUCAAAUAGUUUAUUUUUAAAUAAUUUUGAUUCAAAUUCAAAUUCUUCAAUGACUUCAUUAACAAAUAAAGUUGAAAAUUAUGAUUUAGAUAGUCCAAUAACUUUAACUCCUACAAAUUCAAAUACUUUGAAAAGAACUGCUUCUACAUCUCAUACUAAAUUUAAAAAUAACGGCCAUAUACAUAAACCAAUUUCUCAUUCAAGGUCUCAUCUGAUUUCUCAUGAUUCUUCUUUAUUUAAAGAUUCAACUACAAAUUUUUAUCAACCUCCUUUAUUAAAAUCCCAAUCUUUUGAAUCGGAUUUAUUAUUAUCAAAUGAUUCAAAUACCCUAAUUAAUGGUGAUUCAAUUUUUCAAGAUGAUGAUUUAUUACCUUCAAAUGCUUUUAAAUUAGAAAUUGAUCAUUUAAAUGACUCUUCUAAUGUCGAUAAUUUAAUUAAUAACCCUUUCUUAAAUCAAUAA